AUGAAGUCUGUGCAUCAAAUGAACUACACAGGGGGUAGUCACUUAAUGUUCCCCAAAGGCACAGUUACCCGAAUAAGUAAAACAAAUGAUCAAAAAAAGGAAUGUGGAACAAGCUUAUAUAUAAAAGGAAAAAUAAAUGAACCUCAUGAAAGUCCCAAAAAUAAUAGGUAUGAAUAUUUAGAUUCUAGCCAUUUGGAAAUGUUAGACCUGAACAAAAAUAUCCAGCAUAUCAUGCCGAAACCCGUAAAGCCAUCUUUAAAUUUGGAAACUUUGUGCAAAGAAACCAAUGCCAUGUUAAAGCAUAAUAGGAAUGCCUUAGAAAAGGCAAACUUGUCUGAACUGCACCAGCAGAAGCAGCAGCUACAUCUACAGCAACAACAGCACAAGAAUACAAAACAUCUUUACGAAUUAGGGCUACCUGAAAUCAUAGGCACAUAUAUUCAACCAUUAAACAAAAAUAUUAACGGCAGCAUAAAAAAAGGCAAUCAAGGAAGUAAUCCAUUCCCUUUGGCAUCUGCAUCUGUAUCUCCAUUUUUCCAGCCCCCCAAUUUUUCACCGAAACAAAUUCAACCAUCUAGUAAGUUUUUACCCCUGCAAUUAAAUAAUGAAGGAAAAAACAUGUAUGGAUUGCCAUCUUAUCUAGUUCCCGAGGAUAAACCUAAGAACUUAACAGUUACAGUUGUACCUAAUAAAGAUAAAGAUAUUUUAGAGCAAGAAGCAAAACAGUUGAAAUUAUUGCUAGAUAGUUCUUCUCAAGGCAUUGUUAAUUCCACUCCAGAUUAUCAGAAAAUUAUCUCUUCAUCUUUGUUGUCCAGUAAUAAUAACAAUAAUGGGGACGUCAGUAGAGGAAGCAGUGACAUUGGAAACAUGGUUAGCAAUAACAGCUACCGGAAUGGAAAUAAAGACAUAGAAAGUGAUUUCAGUUUUGGAAAAAAUGAAAACUCAAGAGAGGAAAAUUACUGCGAACAUGAUGCAGAAAAUAAUAAGUAUGACUCAUUUUUUAAUGAAUUUUAUCACGAUACCAAUAAUUUUACGUUUUUAGACAAGGGCAAAGAAUUUACGACGAAUGACCCCCACCGUAAUAAUGAAUAUAAUGGGGAUAAUAAACAUAAUGACAACAAUGACUAUAAUGCACACUAUGAACAUAAUGAACGUGGGUACUACUUAACAUUAAAUGAGGAUCAAUUGAAAAGUGCAAAUAAAAAGAUAAUUCGUAAAGGAGUGAGGGUUAAUGGUGCAUUGAAUGGAUUAGAAAAAGUGGGAGGAAAUGGAAAUGGAGAAGAUGGUAUACAAGGAAGGUGUAAUCAAAAUGUAAAUGAAGAAAACAAAAAACACCCUAAAAAGGCUUCCUCUUCACCAUCCAAAAAAAUCCAAUUACUACAAAAAAAAAGAGAACAUACUAAUAUUUCCUUAAAGAAUCUUGAACCAUCUACUUCUUUUAAAAACUCGAAAACAUAUAUUAAUAUACGUUUAGGAAAACCCAAAAAGUUAUAUAUUGUCAAUAGUUCUGAUCCAAUCGAUAAAAAAUUAAAAGAUUGGCAUAACACACAUAAUAGUCAAAUAAAUUGGAAGAAAAGCAGAAGAGGAGUUUACACUUUCGGAAAAACAGAAGUUGUUCUUAGUUUAGUUCAUGAUAAAAUUAUCGUUAAAAGAAUUAAUGGUAAAAAUGUGAAGGAUAAUUUAUUAACUGUCGAAAAGUUUGUCUCAUUGAAUGAAUUAUUUGAACUCCAUAGGGAGUAA